AAACAACAAGCAUACACAUAAAGCUCACUUGCAUUCCCCUACUGGCUUAUACCCUAGUUACACCACUACACCAGAGCCUAUGUCCUUAGCAACCACUACUACCUGUCAUUGUUAUGAGUCUGCAUGCUGCCCACUAUAAUGGCAAAAUUACUUUUUCACAUUUAACUGCCUUUUUACAAAUUUUUUAAACAGCCACUGCGUUCCACUUAAACAGCCCCAUAUAUUAACUUUUAUUUUUACGAUUUUUCCACACUUUGUCUUCGCCAAGGGCCACAGUUUUGGCCACUGGCAUGCCUAAUGAACAUAAUGCAUGCUUUACUUUAAGCUGUUUAAUUAUACUAAGCAUUUGUGACAUGUAAAACACAAUUCCGUAGCGCUCAGCUGUACAGAUUUUUUCGGAAUGUCCAGAUUUUUCCUCAUAUUUUUGGUCUGUUUCUCAUAAAAUCGUGUUUUUUGGCAAAUCGUUGACGGUUAAAGUCAGAAAAUGACAGACAUUUGAGUUUCAGACUUCAUACCCUUCAGAAAAUUUCAUGCUGAUGCAAAACCUACAAUUCUAUCAUUUUUCUAAGUUUGUAAGAGCAAUAUUAAAAAAAGUGUCCCCAUUACCGUAUUUGUUAUUGUUGUUCCACACUAUACCGCUACGUGUCGAUACAAGAGCAAUGUUAUAAACGUGUGCAAUUACCAUCACGCUUGUGGCCAACGAGAACAUAUAAUGCUCUGCCAGUGAGGGAAAGAAUAUGUAUUCCACAGCUGUCUAUAACAAAUUUAUUUGUAAGUGUAGGAAAGGAAACUUCCAGCGGUAUAAUGCCCCUUUGUUACUUGUAACAAGCAUAUGUGAUACCCUUUUAAACAUUCCUAGCUUGUUCAGGUGGUCCGUUUGUAUUUCCUGCCCUCAGAGUUAAGACGGUUGCAUUUCCUCAUUUAGACAGUAGCUGUUUAGAUCACGCUUUUUUAUUCCGUCGUGAAGCUUCGCUUGUUUUUUUUUCUGUGUUCUCAUCAUGGCUUUCAUCAAGAAGAAGGAACGUCCGCGGGAGAGGUUUUCUCUCUUGCAUCUCGACUUGGAGGAGUAUUAUUUUGAACAGCACAUUGCUUAUAUACUGAAAUCCAACACAGGAAGAAGGAAGAUUAGAGGUUCCCUGAAGGUCUGCUCAAAAUCAAUGAUCUUUGAACCAGAGCCACUAGAAGAACCUAUUAUUAAGAUCCCAUUAAGAGACUGUACGCAAAUUGAAGGGGCAGAAGAAAAGGAAAACAGAAACCCUUUUGUUGAGAAUAAUGUGGGUAGAUUUUCUGUUAAAUGUAAACAGGUUUACUUGAUAAAGGAGCAUGGCAUUGUCACUCCUUACAGAAUUGUGAGGGGAGAAAUGGACUAUAUGUUCCAGCUGGAUACUGUUGUUAAAGCUGCUGACAUUGUGCAGACUUUACUUCAGCUCCACAGAGCAUCUUGUCUUGAGAAGCUGGGAGAUCAGACUGCAAUGAUAACUGCUAUAUUACAGUCUCGCUUGGCUCGAUCUUCAUUUGAUAAAAAUAGGUUCCAAAAUGUCUCAGAAGUACCUCACAUGGAAUGUAGAGCUGAAGUGGUGGCCCCAUUAGUGACCAAUCCAGGACUUGUAUGCAUUACAGAUCAAAACCUAUACUUCCAGCCACUCAAUGAAUAUCCGGAACCAGUCAUUCAGAUAAAACUGCAUGACAUUAGGCGCAUAUAUAAAAGAAGGCAUGGUUUGCAGCCACUGGGUCUUGAAGUAUUUUGCACUGAAGAUGACCUGUGUUCAGACAUCUACUUGAAGUUUUACAAGUCCAAAGAAAGAGAUGAGAUCUACUACUAUAUUGCUACAUUCCUAGAAAACCACAUUACUGAGCAUACUGCUGAAAGCUACAUGCUGCUGUGGCAAAGAGGACAUAUCUCCAAUUAUCAGUAUCUUUUGCACCUGAACAAUUUGGCUGAUCGAAGCUGUAAUGACCUGUCACAGUAUCCUGUCUUUCCCUGGAUCAUAGCAGAUUAUACUAGCCCAGAACUAGAUCUUAACAACCUCGAGACAUUUCGUGAUGUUAGUAAAGCAGUUGGUGCUUUAAACAAAGAACGAUUGGAAAGGUUACUGGCUCGUUAUCGUGAAAUGCCAGACCCCAAAUUCAUGUUUGGGAGCCAUUACUCUUCUCCAGGAUAUGUUCUUUUCUACCUUAUGAGAGUUGCUCCAGAGUACAUGUUGUGUGUACAUAAUGGAAAGUAUGAUAAUGCUGACAGAAUGUUUAACAGUAUUGCAGAGACUUGGAAGAACUGUUUAGUUGGUGCAACAGACUUCAAAGAGCUGAUCCCAGAAUUCUUUGGAAAUGAUUGUAGUUUUUUAAGGAACAAUAUGAAGUUAGAGUUUGGAAAGCGACAAGGAGGAAAAAUGGUUGAUGAUGUUGAGCUACCACCAUGGGCUUCAGAUGCUGAUGAUUUUCUACAAAAGAACAGAGACGCGUUGGAGAGUCAGUAUGUGUCGGAGCAUCUUCAUGAAUGGAUCGAUUUAAUUUUUGGCUAUAAGCAAAGGGGCAGUGAAGCUGUUGCAGCACACAAUGUGUUCCAUCCUUUGACAUAUGAAGGAGGAGUUGACUUGGACAGUAUUCAAGACACCAAUGAGAAAGUUGCAAUGCUGACACAGAUCCUCGAGUUUGGGCAAACUCCAAAACAGUUGUUCACAACCCCACAUCCUCAGCGGAUUACUCCAAAGUUUCAAAGUAUGUCCAGAACAACUAGUUACAGUACUUCAGUAACUGAACCAGGCUCUCCUAGUGAAGAAUCAUUUGAAGAUUUAACAGAAGAAAGCAGAAAGUUAGCGUGGAGCAACAUCAGCAAAUUGAAAAUGGGCUGUCAACACAAAAUCCACAAAGAGGCAGUUACUAGCAUAACCGUCUCAAGCAAUGGAUCAUCAAUAUUCACUACUUCUCUAGAUUCAACACUGAAGAUGUUCUCUAAAGAAUCAAAUGCACUACAGAGGAGCAUGUCCUUUUCUAAUAUGCCUCUUUCAUCUUGCUUGAUGCUGCCUGGUGACACAACUGUUGUCUGUUCUUCGUGGGAUAAUCAUAUAUAUUUUUAUUCUGUUGCAUAUGGAAGAAGACAAGAUAUACUUAUGGGUCAUGAUGACGCUGUUAGCAAAAUUUGUUGGCGUGACAAUCGACUUUAUACAGCUUCUUGGGAUUCAACAGUGAAGAUAUGGACCUGUAAUCCCUCAGCACCAUCGGGAACAAAAAGAAGUAAUUUUGAACUACUAGUAGAGCUGGAGCUAGAAGCUGGCGUUAAUGCAAUCAGCUUAAAUCCUGCAGGCACUAUGCUGGUAUCAGGUACCAAAGAAGGCACUGUUAAUAUUUGGGACAUUGAUGCUUCAAAGACACUGUACCAGAUUGAAUGUCAGUCUGACAUAAUAAAUGAUAUUGCAUUUAGUCCUGACAGCAGACAUGUUCUGACUGCAGGAAAUGAUGGCUUCCUUAAAUUGAUUGAUGUGCAGACAGGAAUGCUUGUUUCAUCUUUGCCUUCGGGGGAAGAACAGAGAUGCUUUGUCUGGGAUGGAAAUACCAUUCUUUCAGGAAGCAAAUCUGGUGAUCUACUGGUGUGGGACUUGAUAGCUGGAAAAAUUACUGACAGAAUAAAAGGACAUUCAGGUGCUGUAACAUGUAUGUGGAUGAAUGAACAGUGCAGCACCCUUAUCACAGGAGGGGAAGAUAAACAGAUCAUCUUUUGGAAUCCUAUUUACUGAUUUGUAUGAUGUGCUCAAGCGUUGCAAGUUGUUCACAGACAAUGAAAGAAAGAUGAAUUUUAAGCAAUCCCAUCUUUUAAAUAUUAUACAUAUGCAAUUGUGGAAAUAUACCUCCCUUGGUUCAUAUGGCACAAUAUUUUGUGCUCUUAAAAGUAUUUAUAAAUUGCACUAAAUAUUUUGACUAUUUCCAUGUUUUGUUUUGUUACUCAGCAUAAUCUGUGUAAACUGAUUUGCUUAUGAAGACUAUUAUUAUUGUGCCUUUUUAAAUGCAGGUAAAUUAUGGAGUGAAAGUGAAACAUUUUUUUAAAUAGUGUAUGCUACCCCAAAAUUCACACCAUGUUUUUCAUACUGUUGUGCACUAGUAUCCAUGAACCCAUGUACUGCGGGUCAGGCAAGGGUAUGAAAAUAAAUCCCUUGAUUUACAAAAUAUUCUGUUUAUACUGAAAAAAAUUCCUGCUUGCUAAAAUAAUGUUUUGGACUUAAUACAUAUUUAUUAAAAACUGUGAUACCGAUUAUUUGAGAACGUAGUGAAACACAGUAAUUAAGAGUGUUGGUAACCAAAGAAAGGGGUUUAUACAAGUCAUGAAGUAUCUUUUCUGGCAAACCAAAAGAAGAAAAAUAUCCAGGUGUUGCAUUAGAAGCUCUGGUGGGUGUUCAGUGCCCAGUAAUCAAGUGCUUCCAACAUCCAAUUUAUAGAAACUUCUUUAGUAAAUGGUAUACUUAGAGCAAGUGUGUCUGUAAAUUUGUUUCAGAUAAAGGCAAAUUUUGCUUUAUUUAGAAGGGCCCCAAAUUCUAGAA